UAAUGAUUAUAAAGUUUUGACAUGUAUGAAAGUUUUACAUCGUCAGUAGUUACUAAACACAUUUGAAAUUGAAAUUGAUCCAUAUAUUUUCUUUUAUCAGGACUACAAUGUACACGUAUUAGUUAUUGAAUUGUUUGUUUAAAGUUAUAUUUGUCGACAACAUUUGAUUUGAUUUAAAAACCUAUUCAUUAUUUUAAGAACGCUCGGUGAUCAACAAAUUACCCAUCUAAUCUAAUUUAAAAUUUUAGAAAAUUAAUGAUCUGUUUCUCUAUGAACAUUUAUUACGUAAAGAAAAAGUCCAUACAUGUAAGCUUUCAAAUUUAAAUACAUGAAUAUUCCUAUAUCUUUUUUAAGGUCUCUUCUUCUGAAGGAGAUCAAUACAGCCUAUGAAAAGGUCGCGACCUUUCAACCCUCUAAAUAGAAUAUUGUUUGGUGGAUUAUUUUGGUCAUCAUCGGUAUAAAAAUAAAUAAAGUGAAAUAAAAUUAAAAACCCUGAAAUCCCGACAGUUUUAAGCCUUAAGAAUGUAUUUAUUAUGGACGAAUUCAACAUUGUGGAGUGAAAUUUUACGAAAAGAACAUGAACAAUGUGAUUUGAGAGAUUUAAAUAUUCGAUACCAAUCAUGUAUUUAUAGAACCGGAAAUUAUUGACACAAGAGUGAAAACAUCAUUAGCCCAGCAGUACCAUUUAAAAGGACGGUCUUUAUUGAAAGGCCAUUUUAAAAUAUUGACUUUAUUUUCAUAACCGAGGACGUUUCGCCAUUUAAAUGUCUACCUAAAGGUGAAAGUCGUUGAUCCCAUAUAUUUACAUGUAUUGAUUAAUUGUUUAAAAUCGUCACUGUCUGUUGAGCCGGUUUUCAACGGUUGUCAAGAUAAACAACAUCCCUAGAGACCGAUUCGCUGUCUGUUUCUACUGUUGCUUUGCGAGAGAGGAUAUUGUUUUCACCUUGCUAUUGUUUAAACUCCGGGGAUCACUCGUGCAUUGCUAAUCCAGAUGGCAUCAAUUAGGGAAAAACUGCUGGAGGCCAUUAAAGCCGGUAAACCGGAGCAAGUGCGCGCAGCAUUGAAAACAGCUGACAGAUCCACUCCUCUAAGAUCCGCUACGGGAGAAUCCCCGCUCCACGAAGCAGUGCGCCUUAGUGCUACCCCCGAGGUCUUCAAAAUCCUCUUGGAGGGCAUCGCCGACUUUUCGGCCCGAAAUAUUGAUGGCCAAACAGUGGCAGAUCUAGUUUUUUCAGCCGAAAACUUAGAUCCAGAUUACGAGACCAUUCUCGUGAACCACGUCAAGGCGUGGAUCUUGAGGGGCCGGGUGGAUGAGCUGGAGAAACUGCUGCUGUCCGGUUGGGUGUUCUGGCCGGUGUCUGUUGACCAGGCAAAAAAUGUCUCCGCCGAGUUGUGUGAUUUCGUUUCAAAGAUCCGCGAUGUUCAGGAGAAAGUGGCAGAAUUACACAAGGCGAUAGAGGACGGUAACACACGAGAUGUAAAGCAGCUACUGGACCGGAAGAAGUUUAUCCUGGCGGCGGACCGGACGGGCCUCCCCCCUUUCCACAAGGCCGUGGUGACGGGGUACGGGGAGAUGGUGGAAUGGUUCAUUCAGGAAUUCAAAUUCGCCAUUGAACACAAAGAUAAUAUGGGACGAACGGUGCUUCAUUACGCUGCAGGUCUACCCGAUGCUGGCUACAUCUACUCUAUGCUCACAAAUGCUGGUGCAAAAGAAGAUGCCGUGGAUUUGGAGGGCCGUACACCCCGUGAUUACUAUGACAACACACAGCUCAUUGAAAUUACAAAAGUCCGUCAAAGAAUACAGGACAUAUUAUCCAGUCCAAUUCCGGAACCAAAACUGGCUACUUCCGGUUCGCAUCAUAUGUACAUCUCUACUAACCUCAAAACGAAACGUGUUCCCCCGCCCACUACAAUAGACGGUAAAUACGUAGCAGAGCACCUAGGAACGGCCUUGACCCUGGCUCUGGCUGAAAUAGCCGACUGUCGACCUUGGGAUCCAAUAGAGUACUUGGGACAGUGGCUAUACAAGUACCGCGAGAACAGGAAUUAUAUUGAAAAGCAAGAGCAAUUGAUGCAAGAGAUUCGAGAGGAGGAGAAGCAGACGGCAGCCGCGGAGAAGGAACGGGAGCGGAUCAGAGAGGAGCAGAAAUCCAUCAUGGAGGCGGAGCGACUGGAGCGGGAGAGGGCGGAGGAAGAGAAGAGACGGAAGGAGAAGGAGGAGCUACAGAGACAGGCCAGAGAAAUGGAUGCUCUAGCCCAGAGGCCAAACCUGGAUACUGUGAAGGAGGAGAGUGAGGAGGAGGCCAAUGGAAAAGACAAGCAGGGACAGACAGAACUACACAAACUGGCAGCUCAAGAAGGUGCGGACCUGACAGCUUUGCUGAAUCUUGGGUACAACUUGGCUGAGAGGGACAUUUUCUCCAAGACUCCACGAGAUGUUGCUGUGGAGAGUGGUGUUCAGGACAACAUAAAUGCAAUUGAUAACUUUAUACGAGGACUGGUAGAAAAAGGAAAAUUCAAUUUGGUAGAACAAUUGCUGUUGGAUGGUUACACAGAAUUUCAGCCAAUCAUAGACAAGCUUAGUUCCGAGACUCAAACUGAAGAAGUCAAAAACUUUCUACAGUCCAUUCCUCAAGUCCAGUCCAAGAUAACCAAUCUGAUCCAAGCAGUGCAUCAGGGGGACCUGACAACUGUUCAGGAGCAGCUAGACAAGAAAAUGUCCAUGGUAAAAGACAAGACAGGCCAAAGUCCUCUACACAAAGCAGUGAUCAGACAGCAUAGAGACAUCACAGAGCAUAUUGUGACAGCAUACCCCGACACAGUCAAAUGUAAAGAUCAGUUGAACAGAACUCCAUACCACUAUGCUAUGGGACUGCCAAAUGUGGACAUUCAGACAUUGCUCUUGUCGAAUGGAGCAGAUGAAAAUGCCAAAGAUGUGUACCAAAGAGUUCCUUCAUACUACAAAGAAAAUCCCACAGAAAUUCAAGCAAUAGCCAAGGAAACCUUAACAUCAUCACCCAACCAAAUGUCUGAGAACCAAGAAAAGGCACAGGAUGGUGGGGACCAGUCAACAGAAUCAACAGAUACAGCACAGAAAGAAGCAGCAGAGAACCAAGAGAACACGGAACAAACCACUGUGUCGGAACAAGCGCCAAACCAAAGCGAAAGUACUGAAAAUCCAGUCACUUCAACUUCUUAAUGUGUCCAUU